UGAAAUAAGAUUGAUCUUAUAGAACUAUCACUAACAUAUGGCCCAGAAUAGCGUCUGUCAUUGACCCCAGCAGGGAUUUAAACGAAUUGCUCAUAUCCUGGGCAUGUCAACAAGUCUAUUCUUUUUUAGUCUCGUAGGCUUAUCACUCGGAGGAUGUGUUAUCAAGAUUUAGAGGUUUGUUAUCAAAAGUAUGCCAUCCAUACACGUGGUCGAGAGGCGCGAGAGAGACAACUAAAACCCGUUGUUCAAACUUGGCAAUGAAUAGUUGAGUAACGUUUGAACUGAAAUAAACUGUACAUUAAGAGUGAUAAAGCUGAUAAUAGUUUGCGCGUCGCAAUGCUGUACGUCGUUUCUGCUGUUGAGUCACGCUCAGGCGGUAGACUGUCGGACUCGUGGUUAACUUGGAGGUAAAAUGAAUAGUAAAGUGGGGACAGGGAGCGUUGAACGUGUCCGUCUGUCGCGCCGUGCCGCAUUUUCGAUCGUAACCGGCAUAAUAAAUUCGUGAUAGUUUAAAACAAUACAGUUGUAUUUAAUACUUUAUGAAAUCAUAGAAUAGUCUAUAUUUAAAAGUUUAGCCGCGUCAGACGUGAUAAAUAUAAUUUUCUUGAAUUUAAAUUAACCUAUUUGAACGGAAGCAUCAAAUAUAUGAAUAAAAUAUCGCGUGCAAUAAGUGUAUAUUAACUCGCACGUUAUCAGCAGCUGUUUCGCGGUGAACCGACUUCACAAUUUAUCAGGGCAAGGCUGGUUAUGGUGUUUUUCGCCGCACGUGGUGUUUGCCGCGGUGGCCUAAAGCAGUGUGAUGCAAUGUUUGCGUGAAUGAAGAGCAGACUUUCCGCUACAGUACAUUAUGCAUGGACUAAAGUUUAAGGAUACCGAACUGAAUAUUUUAUGUAAAGGUUGAAACUCAUUCAGUAUUGAUUAUUUCGGAGGAUCAUUUAAUUAAUUAAAAAUGACGAAAGUAUCAGCAGCAGAGGGGUUGACGCCGAAGGCCAUGGAUUGCGGUGAAAGCGGCGUAAGCGUGGAACGGGAAUCGACUGAAGGGGUACGAUUGAAAAAAGAAUUGAGCUUAUUGAAUGGAGUUGCGAUCAUUGUGGGAGUGAUCGUGGGGUCCGGAAUCUUUGUGUCCCCCAGUCUGGCCUUGAAGUAUUCUGGCUCAAAAGGCAUGGCCCUUAUUGUGUGGGUGCUCAGCGGAUUCCUUUCCAUGAUUGGAGCUCUGUGCUAUGCAGAGUUAGGUACAAUGAUCCCUAAGUCCGGCGGUGACUACGCUUACAUCGGCGAGGCUUUUGGGGACCUGCCCGCAUUCCUCUACCUCUGGGUAGCACUGUUCAUCCUGGUCCCUACGGGGAACGCCAUCACAGCGCUCACCUUCGCCCAGAACAUCCUCAAGCCGCUGUGGCCUGCCUGUGAGCCGCCCAAAGACGCCGUGAGCCUCAUCGCAGCUAGUAUAACAUGUUUCCUCACAGCCCUAAACUGCUACAACGUGAAAUGGGUGACUCGAGUUCAAGACUCCUUCACAGCAGCAAAAAUAUUGGCCUUGCUGGUCACCUUCUUCGCAAGUUUGGGUUAUUUAUUCUCGGGGCAUACAGAAAACUUGGAGAACAUAAUGGAAGGCACGAUAACAGAUCCAGGGAAAAUUGCCAUCGCAUUCUACACAGGACUAUUUUCGUAUUCUGGCUGGAACUACCUCAACUUCGUUACGGAAGAACUGAAGGACCCUUAUAAAAACCUUCCACGAGCCAUCUGCAUCUCGAUGCCCGUAGUAACGCUCGUAUAUGCGCUAACUAACGUGGCAUACUUCGCCGUACUCACCAAAAACGAGAUAAUGGCCUCAGAAGCUGUCGCCGUGGCGUUCAGCGACAAGAUCCUGGAUUUCAUGUCCUGGAUCAUGCCUCUGUUUGUGGCCUUGUGCACGUUUGGAUCCCUCAAUGGCGCUAUCUACACCUCGUCCAGGCUCUUCUUCGUUGGCGCUAGGAAUGGACAUUUACCGAUGGCUAUUUCUCUGAUCGAUAUAAAGCGAUUGACGCCUGUACCUUCUCUUAUUUUUAUGUGCUUGGUGACGCUAGUGCUGCUAAUGUCCAACGACGUGGAGGCACUGAUGGUGUACGUCACAGCAGUUGAAGCCAUAUUCAUAUUUUGCUCCGUAGCCGGACUGCUGUGGAUGCGGUACACUCGCCCGGAGCUGAUGCGACCAAUCCGAGUCAAUUUACUCUUACCAAUUACAUUCCUAAUCGUCUGCACAUUCCUUGUAGUGUUCUCGUGUUUCACGCGUCCAAAGGAAGUAGGAAUCGGUGUUGCCUUCAUAGCUCUAGGCGUUCCGAUCUUUUACGUGUUCAUUAUGUGGAAGCAUAAGCCGAGUUGGAUGACUAAGUUCUGUGACAAUUUCAACCUCGCUUGCUCAAAAAUGUUUUUAAGCUUACCGGAAAACUCGAAAGAAUUAUGAUUGAUAAAGUACUGGAGUUUGACUUGUGUAAAGUUUUCGCUAUUUAUGUUAUUUAUUGUGCGCUUGUGAGCGUGAUAAGCUUUAGAUCUGCCUGUCAAUUAUUAUUAUGAUAAAAGCUUUUUUUUUCUUUACUAUAAGAUUAAGUUUGUAUUAGACUUUGAAAUUAUAUAAAAUUUCGUAUACAGAA